AUGCCGAAAAAUAAAACAUCAUCAGAACUAAUAGAUAGAAUUUUUAUUACUUUUCAAGGUUCAUUAGGUUAUCCUAUAAAAGAUAUAAAAUGUAUUUUAGAAUGCGGAAGAAUUUUAUUGAAUCUCGAUGAAUUUAAAUUUAUGCAUAGUCAUGAAUUAAACUAUUUUAUUAAUCAUUUUAAUUUAUUUAAGUUUAUAUUUAAUAAUCUUUUUAAAACAAAAAAAAAUACUUUAGGGAAACCACUAUUAGGAUUAAAUAAGCAAUAUAUAAUCAAAAAAAAACAUAGGUUUAAUAUAAUUGAUGAAAUACGGUUUCAUGUUGCUAAUCUAGAAAUGAAAAAAUCAAUUUUGCCUUUUAGUCUCGAAAAUUCUACUUUCUUUUUAUUAAAAUUAAAGGACAUUGGGAUAAACAUAAAAUAUGCUGAUCAAAACUCUGGUCUUUAUACAUAUUUUUUUGAGAAAAAAUCAAUUUCUUAUGAAAUACUUGCAUCAUGCAUUUCAUUAACAGUAAGUAUAUAUCAUCAAAAAGUAAUACCAAAAGAAGCAAAUUUUAUUUUAAUACCUAUGAUUACUUUUACAUGUAAAACUGCUAUUAAUCAUUUAGUCGACAAUAACAUAAUCACAAAAAUACCCUAUAGUAUUGAUAUUAUUGCAAAUUCUGUUAUUACUUCACCGUCAGUAAACUUUUAUCAUGAAAAAUUGCUCUCAGUUAUUUCAUUGUUUGGAUCUAUGUAUUCUACUCGUACAUUAAAAUUAUCAAAACUUCAGUUAUUUCAGAAUUCUAUUCUUAAAUUAAACAUGAAUUUCUCUAUUCAUGAUCCAAUAAUUCGGAUAUUAAUUUCUUCUAAAAACUUUUACAAAAAAUUAAAACAUCAAGAAAAUAUAAUGUUUAUACUUAUAUUGUCUAAUAUAUUUUUAAAUAUUCAAACUACAAUAUCUAACAAGGCAUCUAAUUUAUCUUCUAUUAAUUUAGCUAUUCUUUUUAUUUCUCAGAAAUUAUACUAUCAGUCUUUUAAAGAAAAAUAUAGUAUUUUUACUAUAGAAAAUUUUACUUUUCGCCUCAAAUUCGACUUAUUUCCAUUUAAUAAUGUUUCUAUUGGAGCUUUUAAUGAAAACAUGUUUAUUAAUUUAAAUAAUAUUGAAGCAAUCCGAUGUUUGAAUAAUGUGUUUUCAAAUACUUUAUUAAAUAUUAAAUGCAAUAAUUUAAACAAAAAAAAUACAAAAAUAGAAAAUACAUCCUUUUUAUGCAACUUUAAUAAAUUAAAAAAAAUAGAAUGUCGUGGAUCAGAAUUAAGUAUUAUUAUUUCAGGAAACGACCCUGAAGUGAAUUCUGAUCAUAAAGGAAUUUUAUUGAAAAUAAACUCAUGGGAAAUAAGUUAUUAUUUCUCGGAUAUAAGUUUUAAAGAGUCACUUUUUUCCGAAUACAAAGAAAAAAAUCUAUUAAGUUAUAAACGAGAACAUAUUUUAAAAAACUCUAUUUUUAAUAUAAUUUCAAAUUCAAAUGGCAUGUUAUUGUUCAAUGAUUUCAAAAUAUUUGCAAUACAUUCAGAAAAUAUUUCAGAUAUAGAAGAACCAAUCAUAAAAAUUAGAAAACUUAAACUAAUAUUCAAUACUAAAAUUAAUAAUGAAGAUUUUUUAUUAUGCAUUUCAACUGAGGCAGACCAAGUAUAUAUGACUUAUUCUUUACUUAAAUAUUAUACAAUUCUUCUUGCUAUAAACAUUUUAAAAAGAACAUUUUUUCAGAAUAUUCAAAAAACUCUACAAAAUCAUAAUUCUGAGAAUAGUGCACAAAUCAAUAAUUUUCCAUGGGAAUUUGUGUCAAUACAAAUCUAUGUGUCAUCACUAAAAAUUAAAAUCGAAUUACCAGCUGAACAGUUUUUAAUGCUUGAUAUAUAUGAAAUAAAAUUUUCAUAUGAUAGAAACAAAACAUUAUUAUGUGAAAUCGAAAAUACAAUUUUUUAUGUUCAUAGUCCAGUUAUUCAGAAUUUCUGGGAUAGAUUUAUCAAUAUUAAUCAACUUAUAAUCUAUUAUGAAUUGAUCAAAACAUGUUAUGAGAAUACACCUAAAAUAACAUUAUCUAUAGAAGCAAUACGAAUUCGUAUUCCUCAUAAAUUUAUUUUACAUAUGAUGGUAGAAAAUAUACAGAAUAAUAUAAAAAGUGCAAAGCACUUAUAUUAUCAUUUUUUCGCAAAUACAUCUAGUUAUAUUUCAAUAGAUCGGCCUGUUAAAGAAAAAUUAUUAUGUAAAAUUCAGUUAAAAUCCAAUAUUAUAUCUUUCGAAAUAGAAGAUGAUCCAUUUGAAGCAAGACUUGGACUUAUUUGGCGAAUAGGAUUAAUUGAACAAAAGGCUCGAAUUAUGCGUGAGAAAACUUUUAAUAUUAAAACAGAAAAAAUCAGAGAUGACUCUGAUUUAUUAGAUAACAAUGAUCAGAGCAAAUUCGAAAGUGAGAAUGAGUAUUUUUUUGAAAGUUCAUUUGAUAAGCAAGAAUUAAAACAAUCAUAUUAUAAAAAAUAUCCUAUAAAAAAUUUCGAAAAUCUCCAAGAAUUUUCUGAAAAUAAGUUUUCAAACCUACCUUUUACAGCAGAACAAGCAUAUGAAAAACUUCAAAAAUAUAAUUCACAAUCAUGGAUUAGAAAAUUUCAGAAAAUAAAUGAUUUACAAUCUUCUAAAUCAUAUUCAAUACGCCACAAACAUUGGAUAUUAGAUAGUACAAAAUAUUCUACAGCAUCUCAAGAAAACAUUUUACCUCUUCCUACUAGACCUCCUCUUUUAAGUGUACUAUUUUUAAAAGUUGAUCUUGUUUUUGAUAAACCGUCAUUUCCUAUCGAAAAUCUUCAUCAAUUUUUGCAAGAUACAGGUAAAGGUUUACCUUUAGAAACCAAAUUUCUUAUUUUAAUACCUUUUAAUUUAAACUGGAAAAUGACUGAAGCAAAAGUAUAUAUUCGAGAUUAUCCCUUACCAUUGGUUUAUAUUCCUAACUCAAAUUCUCAGUCAGUAAACAUUCCUACCUGGACACUUACGUCAAAUUUAAUAAUUGCAGAACAAUAUCCUGAAAAAGAAGCAAUUCGUGAUGUAAAUAUUUGUAUUAUUCCUAGUAAUACAGAAAAAAAGAGUUCUUCGUUUAAUAUAAAGGUUUCCAGGACAGUAACUCCUAUCAAAAUUUAUGGUAUUGUUGAUGUUAUUAUAAAUACUAUACAUCCUACUCAAAUUACAUGGGGCAUGUCCUUGCAGCCUGCUAUACAAGAUAUUAUGCGUAUAUUUGCAACAUUUUCAAGACGUCAGGAAGAUCUUUAUAAAUUAAGUUUUUGGGAUAAAAUCAGAUUGAAUGUACAUACAUCUUUUAAAUUCAAAUGGAGAGGUGAUGGUAAUGUUUAUUUAACAUUAAAAGGUUCUAGAGAUCCAUAUCAUAUUACAGGUGAUGGUGCUGGUUUUAUAAAAUGCUGGAAAGGAAAUGUUCAAUGGAAUAUUGGUUGUGAUCCUGAUUCUAGAAAUUUUAUGAUAAUAAACAGCGACGAAUUUAUAUUAGCUAUUCCUGAUUUUACACAGCAAGCACGAGAUCUUAUGAAUUGGUCUAAUGCAAUAAUUUCUACAUAUGAAAAUAUAUCUAAUACAUAUCAAAAUAAUAAUAUACAUUUUCAGAAAAUUGUAAUGAAAUUAAAAGGGGGAGUGAAAUGGACUGCGGGCUUAAUGUUUGAGCAACACUGUAGCGAUAUGUGUCAAAAAUGUAAUGGAAAAUAUCAAUGUAGAACAUUUGAUUUUAAACCUCACUAUAAAGUUGUGUUAAAAGUUCCUGAACACUCGUCUUCAGAAAUUACCAAGAAAUAUGAUGCUUUUGAAGGAUUCCGAAGUCAUUAUAUUCAUGGCUCUUUAUCUAUUAUUUGUCCUAUAGAUAUAUCUUCAGUAGCUUCUAAAUCCGUUGAUAGUUUUAAGAGUUAUAAUGCUAUUCAUUUAACACCGAAAGUAUUCAAACAUUUCUUUAAUUGGUGGUCUCUUUUUAACGGAAUAAUGUCUUUUCCUCUUAAAAUUGGAAAAUUGUUUCCUCUUCCAUAUAUAUCAAAAAAGAAAAUUGGCCAUUGUUUAAUGACAUUUAAGUAUAAAUUAGAACUUUUACCGCUUUUUUUGAGUCAUAUAUAUAAUUAUAGGACAGAUUUAGAUUGGGUAGAUAAAACAUUUACUUCUAUAGGCAUAAAGAGUAGAAUUAAACAUUUUACUCUUGAUAUCCAUCAGAAAAAUGAAGAAAAAAAUAUAUAUCUCAAACAGCUGGAUAAAAUUAAGAAAAAUAGAAAUAUAAUUAUAGAUAAAGCUGCAAUAAAUUCAAUUUCUACGGAUUUAAGAGUAAUUUUAUCACGUUUUAAUGAAAUAAAUACAGAAGAUUUAAAUGGAUCUGGAUUUAAUUCUCAAAAAAGUUAUGAUUUUAAAAUAGAUUUUCAAAAAAAUAAUAAAAAUCAUUUUAUUAUAGAUGAUGAUUUAAAAUGGAUAGAUAUAGACGAUUUUAUUGACUUAAAUUUAGAUAUUCCAAUAAAAGGUGGACCAGUUUUUCAAAUUUUACCUCUUGCAUAUAUUCCACAAUUUAGUUAUUUUCGUGAAACUAAUAAUUAUUAUAAUAAUUUGAAUCCUAGAAAUAUUUACUUUUUACCAAAACAUCAAUCCGAAAGUCAAAACACACAUUUUUGUUUAAACAAGAAAAAAGAUCCAUAUAAUAUUCAAUUUGAGCUUAUUCAAAAACGGCAAACUGAAAUCAUGGAACAAGUGGAUAAAAAUAAAAUUAAAUUAAAUUAUAUAGAGAAUUUUGUUACAAAAAAUUCCAAAGGUGCAAUUUUAAAAUCACAGUAUGAAAAAAUUGUUAAAGAGAAUGCUACCUUGAUUAAUAAAUAUGAUUUUAUUAAUAAUAUUUUACUACAAAUAAAAACAGACCAAGAUGGUAAUUUAGAGACAAAUGAAAUGAAUUUACCUAUUAAUAAUUCUUUUAUUUCAUGUUGUGGUCACGAAAAAUUUCAAAUUAUAUCUGAAAAAACCAUUCCUGAACAAUUUGCUGAUUUCGAUAAUCGUUUUUUUGUUCAUAAUAUUCAAUUAAAAUGGUAUAAUUCUGUAAGGAAUAUUCUACUUGCCUAUAUACAUCAAGUUACCCAAAGGAAAGGUUUUGUUUACUAUAUGUCCCAAAGGGCUGUAAAAUUUAUUACUAACCUUAUUAAAGAACAAAUAAAAAUAGACUAUAAUUUAUCUGUUAUUGCAGAUGAAGAAAUUAUUAAUCAAGAGUUUGAUGAUCAAAAAUUUGAUGAUCAAGAAAUAGAUCAAUUGAUUUAUGAUUUGAUAAAUAACGUUGAUAAUAAUUUUACUAUUAAAGAUGAAAGAACUAAUAAAAAAUCAUUAAGUUUAGACAAUAAUUCUGUUUUUUAUGACGAUUUUGAUUAUAUUUUAUCAAAAAAUUAUGAAUGUCAACAUAGCUAUGUUUUUAAACUAUUUGCUCCUCAAAUACAACUACAAAGUGAGAAAAAUACUCAAGCGAUAGCAAUUAUGACAGCACAAAAUAUGCAAUUAAAAGUGUUUUCCAUAAUGGACAAAAGUAUGACUGACGAUAUAAUAAAUGGUCUUAUACAACAAAAAUAUAUUGUUAAAAUGGAUAAUGCUCAAGUUUUUGUUUCUAAAAAAGAAAAUUUUCUUGAUAAUUCAAUUAAUUUCUUUCAUACAAAUAGUUAUGGUUCCGUUGAAUCAAAUUGGUCUCCAUGGAUACCUCUUGAAUCCAUUUAUGAUUUCACUAAUACACCUAUAGCAUUUACACGUGUAGUAGAUCAAACUUCUGCAUCUUUUAAAUUUAUUAAGUAUAAUCGUCUUCGAUUAAAAAAAAAUAAUAGCUUAAAUUAUAAUGAAAAAUAUUUGUCUGAAAAUUUUGUGAUAGAAUCACCUGAACAAUAUUUUAAUAGCAUAUUUGUCGAUUUUCCAAAAAUUAUUUUUACUGCAAACUCUGAUCAAUAUUAUAUAAUUUUUUUAAUAGUUACAGAUCUUUUAAUAUAUACUGAGCCAACACAAAAAGAAAAAUCUGAAAGAUUGGAAAGAUUAAUGUUAGCUGCAGAUUUUAGUGAUUUAACUGGAACAGCUGAGAUGGUUAUUAAUUUACAAGAAACAAUAAGAAAUUUAGAAGAAAUGAGAAUACAACAUAGACUUUAUUAUGAAAAUUAUAAUACAGAACAUAGAUUAGUUAAAGCUAAAAUAGAGGCUGAAUUACGUGAUUGUGAAGAUGAAUUAUUUUAUUUAAUGAAAUCAAUUGUUGCAUCACAGAAACGUGAAGAUAAGAUUAAUAAAAACGUCGCAUAUAUGUCAUGGUUUUUAUCAGCAUCUGAAAUCGUUUGGCAUAGUUUGUUAGAAAAUAAUAAACCAUUCGUUGAUUUUGGUCUUUCUAAUGCUACAUAUCAACGCACUGACAAUUUUGAUGGCUCUAAUUUUAAUAUUAUAGAAAUAGGGACGAUUUUAGGUGUAAAUUUGUUACCAAAAACAAUUUUUCCAGAUUUACUAUCUCCUUAUUUUACUGGACCAAAAAAUAUUUUACAUGGAAGGAAAAAAAAAAUGAUAAGAAUAUAUUGGCAUAUGCUAGAUUCUAUUGGUGGAAUACCUGUAAUGGAUCACUUUGAAGUUAAUCUUUUUCCUCUUAGUAUAAAAUUAGAACAUGAUACGGGAAAAAAAAUAUUUGAAUAUAUUUUUCCUGAUAGGAAUACUAUGAAUUUUAAUACAAUGCAAGAAAAAACUCUUUCGAAAAUGGAUACUAAUACAGAUCGUUCAAGUGAUGAAAAUUGCUCAAAAACUCAUACCUGGCAUCCAUUUUAUAGUAAUAGAAAUAGUUCAGUUUCAUUACUUAUGAGUUCAAUUAAAUCACCUAUAGAAUCAUUUUCAUGUUUGUCAAAAUUAUCUCCUCAAUCAAUUAAAUCUAAUUCUAGUUUCCAAUUAUUUUAUGAUUCUGAAGAUUUUCAUAGAACAGAAGCUCUAAAGUCAUUAAAAAAUGAUCUUCAAAUAACUGAUUUAAAUACUUUUGAAAAAGUUGAUAAAAUUAAUAAUAAAUCUUUUCCAAAAGCUGGUGAAGAUUUAAAUCAAAUGGUUUUAAGAGCCAAUAAUAAUAUGACUCUUCUUUAUGUAAAAGUUCCAAGUGUAGUACUUUGUUUAAGUUAUAAAGGGCCAAAAAAAAAAAAUAUAGAAGAUCUUAAUAAUUUUGUUUUCUGUAUACCUACAAUUGAAUAUAGAAAUAAAACAUGGUCAUAUUUUGAUCUAGCAUUACAUCUUAAAAAAGAAGUAGUUAGAGCUAUUAUAGGUCAUACUGGGUCUUUAGUAAAAGACAAAUUUAUGCAGCAUCGUUCUAGUCAAAAAAUUUCUCAAAUAGGAUGUCAACAUAUACUAUUUAAAAAUAUGCCUUUAAAUUAUAAAAAUAAAAAUGUUAAAUUUGAAGAAACAUUAUCAGAUACUGUAAAAAAUAAUAAUUCACUUAAAAGAAAUUAUUUACAUUUCGGUAAUAAAAAUUCAUCUUGUUUUUUAAAGCAAUCAAUUCCUUCUGUAGCAUAUUUAUCUAAAUAUAAAGAUGAAACUGAAGAAUUAGAAGAAAAUAAACUUAAAAAAGCAAAAAUGCUUUUGGGCAAAUUUAUUCGUUAA